AUGGGGCUCCAAACAGAGAAAGACAAGGAGAAAGAAGAUCAGAAGAAAAAUUUUAAAAUAUGUAGCAAAAAAUUCGAAACGGAUGAGCUGGAGGUUUUGAAGAAGAUAUUCAAGGAGUUAGGAAGUAGAUCGGUAUCGAAUCAGAUAGACAAGGAGACCUUCCUCCAGUUUUUCCCUUUACCAGGAUUAUGGGGCGAACGACUAUUCCUAAAAUUUAACUUCAAAAAUACAGGCUACAUAGAUUUUGAAGAAUUUAUAAUUGGUAUUGCCAUCUGCUGUAGAGGAACCAAGAGCGACAAGAUAAAUGUACUUUUUGAUAUUUUCGACUUGAACUCCGAUGGAUAUAUACAAAAGUCUGAAAUGGUGGCUAUGCUGUCCAACAUACCAUAUAUUGAUAAAUUGAAAAGUGUUUUCUUUAAUAAGAAAGAUAAAAGGAAGAACAAGUCGUUUGAUGGGGAGUACAGAACGAAUGACAAUUUGCAUGACACAAUCGAAGGGGAAGAAUAUGACCAUAAGGACGAAAUGAAGAAUGGGGAUUUUAAUGGUGGGCACAAUGGAGAUCACCCUGAAGUUUACCGAUAUGGGGAGAUUUAUGGGUAUAGCAAUGGGGAGAACGACGACAAUGAAGACGACAGCAACUACAGCAACAGCUACAAGGGGGACAACGAUGACGAAGACGAAGAUGAUGAUGACAAUAGUGAUGAUGAGGAUUAUGAUAAUGACGAGGGUUAUUGCCAUGAGGAACACGUGAGUGCAACUGCAGUGGGUAGCAUCCCUGGAAGCGGCAGUGGGGUAGGUACUAACGAUGCAUCUGCUAACGGUGUGACGAACUGCAGCAAAUGCCUCCAACAACAGAGGCGAAUGCAGAAGCGGAAGAAGCUACUAAACAUGAGGGAGCUAGCGAAAAAAAUCAGGAAGGAGAAGAAGCACCAGCUGGAGAGGUGCAUGAAGGGAAUCAGAAACGGAAGUUACGAAAGGAACGAUUCGUUCAAUGAGUGUGAGAGAAAAUGUAAGAAAGAAAAGGAGAAGAACAAGUCUCCAAAGAAGGAUUCCAUUUUCAAGAGCGAAAGCGAAGACAACAUGAACACAUCAUCUAGCAGCACGUCCAAUGGAUUCAUCAAUGAAGAAAUGGAUUACUCAAUUGUUAAUAAAAAAAAAAGUCUUAGAAGUAAAACAAAAAAGAAAGCCUCUAGAUAUUUAGCCAAUUUCAAAAGUGGAAAUAAUAAUAUCGGGUUCAUGUCAUCAACGAGUGAUAGCUACACUAGUAACGAUACAAAUUCAUUUCUGAGCACCGAAGAGGUAGAUAGUUUUAAUUCCAACAAGGAGCAACGAAAUGGAAGUGAUAGUUACACCUCCAGUAGCACGGAAGACUCCUUCAUCAGCAUCUACGGCUACCUCAUCAAAAAUAAGCAGACGAGAAGGAGGAAGAAGAAGAAGAGCCUCCCAGAUAGGGGUGUAGACCACGGAGGUGACAAAUUAUCGGCAAACCGAAAAGUGGAACAAGGGGCUGAUCGGGGAAAGGACAAUGGAAGAGAAAAGAACACCCCACAAGGGAGGAAUGAGUUGUGCCAAGAGGAAGCAGGUUGCGCGCAAGACGGUGGUGCAUAUGUCAACGGAGCAGAAGCCAACGGAACGAAAGUCAACGGAACGAAAGUCAACGGGACGAAAGUCAACGGGACGAAAGUCAACGGAACGAAUAAUGUGAACGAAGAUUCCCAGUCGGAAGAACAAUCUAAACCGCUGAGCGAAGAAACAGAAGCAGCAGGAGAAAUGAUAAAAAAAGGAAAAAAAAGAAUAUGCUUAAAUAACCGAAGUGACAUGAACAUUUACAAAAAGGAAAAAAAAGAAAAAACGAAAAGGAAAUUAUUUGUCCAUGAAUAUUGUCUCCCAUCCAAAACGGCAAGGAAUAUUCUUAACGAUGAAGAGAAUUAUGACAUGGAGGAAAAAAAUGUAGACGUCGAGGAGAUGGUCGAUCGAAUGCUAGAAGAAUGUGAAUUCUGGGACAAUGAUAAAAUAACACCCAUACAGUUUAAGAGUGUGAUAUAUAAGUAUGAUUUUUUUCUCUAUGUAUUUUUCAGUUGUCUCCAUGAAGACAUAUGGGGGCUUCAAGGAAAUGUUCUCUACGGCAGAGACUACAUUAGCAACUUUGUAAUUAAAUCAGAAAAUUUUAAGACCAAGCAAAUUGAUCAGAACGAGGAAGUAAUUACCGAAGAAGUUUAUUUUAAGAUUAGGCAGCUCUUCAUUAUCCAGGCCCCUGACUACAACUGCCUAAAUGAUAAUUUGUGCGUGAAUUUUCUAAAGGGAAAACAGGGGGGCGGCCACAAAGGGGGGAGCGACGACGAAGGCGGAACGAGCGAACAUACCGAUAAGGACAAAAAUGAUCUUGGAGCGAGCAAGAGAAAAGGAAAAAUGGAUAAUGGGAACAAGUUGGUUAAUUUUGCUCUACCGAGCGGAGAAGAAACGACAGGGGUUGUAGGGGGGAUCGGGAAGAGGAUGGAGAACCAGAAGGGAGACACUGGUGCAGAGGGGGGAAAUGAGGAGAACACUGAAUUGUGUGCUAGCGUUACUGGAAAAUCUUCUACGGAGGCGCCCACAGAAGAUGUGGAGGGGCACGAAAAGAGAGAAGCAAUUAUCACCUUAAGCGAGCACGCGGUGAAUCCGACGGACACCGUGGAUGGGGUAGACGCCGCUUUGGAGACCGCCCCAUCCAGGUAUUCAGGAAUUCCCCAAGAGAAUAAGGAAGAAACGAAGGUUGAGCAAACAUAUGAACAGAAGGAAGGAGCCGAAAAAGUGAGCGAAACGAAUGGAAAUUCCCACGGUGUUGAGAAAAGUGAGGAGGCGAUGGAGGAGGAGGAGAAGAAGAGGCUUGAUGGGAAGAAGAAAAUUGCGGAAUGUUUCAACGCUGUUCUCAGGCAGAAAGGUAUGCACGAGGUGAACAUCGGAAAGGGAGGCGUCAAGGAUGGCGUCCAGCCGAGCAACCAGCCGAGCAACCAACCGAGCAACCAACCGAGCAACCAACCGAGCAACCAACCGAACAACCAGCCGAGCAACCAGCCGAGCAACCAGCCGAGCAACCAGCCGAACAAACAGCCAAGUGAGGAAAAAAUGAUCAUGGCCCUGGAAGACAUAAAGAAUAAGACAGGCUACGAAUGCGACUUCAACCUGUUGACCAAUUCCCUGAACGAUAUUUUUUCCAAAGAAAUUGUGGAGUUUAUCAAGGCUUCCAGAACUAGUUUCAACAUUAACGAGGUGUGGAAGGAGCGAAAUUCACACUGCAAGGACAAGUACAAGAAGGCCAGAAGGAACAUCGAGAAGACAAGAAAUUAUUCGAACGGUGCGCACUGCGGGAAGAAGAGAAAGAAGCCCCUCUUGAAUACCGGGUUAAGUUUCGAGGGGGUGAAUUCGAUCGAGGGGGAGAACAUGGUGCAGAAUGGUCCACCAUCAGUUAACGGAGCGAUGGAGAAAAGCACCUCCAUCGUGGAGAUCCAGAAUUUGGAAAAGGUUGAUCUUGUAGAAGGAUUAGGCAUAUCGGAGAGGAAGGCAGAGGUUAAUUUGGAAUCCGUGAAGGAGGAAGUCGUGGAGCCAGUAGCUGCGGAAGCUCCGAGCGAAGAACCUCCCGCCGAUCCAAGCGAGGCCCAAUUCGCCAACCACCAUGCCCACGAGGGAAAGAAGAAGAAAAAACACGUGAAAGACGUUAACCUGUACUCGUGUCCGAACUGCAAGGGGCCCUUCCUGAUGUGCCCCAACUGUCACGGAAGGUACCCGAGGUUCUGUGUGAACGAAGACAAAAUCGCCAUGGAGUGCGAGUAUUGCGAAUGCGAACAUUGCUACUUCUACAAGUGCAUCUACUGCAACUUCGACUUCCAGAAAUGUCUAGACAUGAUUAAAAAGAAUUCAUUGAAGGAAGGAAUCCUUUACAAAAUAGGGAAACAUCUUCAUCAGUUUAAGGCAAGGUAUUACAUCCUCUUUGAUAAUCUGUUGUAUUAUUACGAUAAGCAGAAAAAUUUAAAACCCCGAGGAUUCAUGUUUCUGGAAGGUUGCUAUGUAGAAGUUAUCUCGAAAAAUGAUCAUGUUAAUAAGUUUGGAUUUUCUAUAUGUCAUAAGGGAACCAAUCAAGUACAGAGGAGAAACCUGUACGUGAAUACAUAUGAGGAGAGAGAGGAGUGGUUACAGGCUUUGUAUUCGACGACGAAGCAGAACACGUUGUACAAUCUGUAUGAAUUACAUGAACAAUUAGGACAAGGAAAGUUUUCUACCGUGUAUCGAGGAAUCAACAAGCAGACAAAUUCUGAGUUUGCAAUAAAAGUUAUUGAUAAAAGAUCAGUUUCAAUUUAUGAGAAGGAAUUGUUGCGUAGUGAGAUAUCCAUUUUAAGGCUCCUCCGACAUCCCAAUGUUAUUUAUUUGAAGGAGAUUAUUAAUACAAAGGAAACUCUGUAUAUCUCCAUGGAGUUAGUAAAAGGAGGAGAGUUAUAUGAUUUCUUACUGACGGAGACGAGACUUAGUGAGAUUCACGCGAACAAAAUUAUCACGCAGUUAAUAAAGACAGUAGCAUAUCUGCACAGAUGUGGAAUUAUACAUAGGGAUAUAAAACCUGAGAACAUACUACUUACAGAUAAAUCUAGGGACGCGCAAAUAAAGUUAACCGACUUUGGCUUAUCCACCUUGUGUGCUCCAAACGAAUUGUUAAAGGAACCCUGUGGUACACUAGCCUAUGUAGCUCCCGAAGUCAUCACUCUACAGGGUUAUAACCACAAGGUAGAUGCUUGGUCCAUAGGAAUUAUACUGUACUUGCUUCUGAGUGGAAAGCUUCCCUUUCCAAUUAGUAAAAACACAGAAAUGAAUUUACAAAAGAAUUAUGUUCUCACCUUUAAAGACCACGUAUGGAAGAGCAUCUCCUCAUCAGCCAAAGAUCUCAUUUCCAAGCUUUUAGAACUUAACGUUGAGAAGAGAAUAUCAGCCAAUGAAGCUUUGGAGCACAUUUGGAUAAAGAACCCCACUGCAGUCAUUAAUGAAAAUUCGUUUAUCUACAAAAAUGAAGAAAUUAAUAUUUUAAAUUUACAGGAUGUUAGUGUUAGCACCUUUAACAUACCCAAGUAUGCCCCUUUUCAUUUGGAAGACGAGAAGACGGAGGAAGUAGAAAACAAAAAUGUUUUUAGCUUCAACAAGGAAGAUAUUAUGUAUGAAAAGAAUGACUCCGCUGACGAACCAGUUAUCCCUCUGCCUUAUAGCGGUGCCCCUUUGAAGGAUAAUGCUACUGACAAAAACACAGUUCCCCAAGCGAGCGAAAUUUCGUUCACCAAAGAGGAAGUACCCACAAAAGAGGGGAAUAUACUCAGUGAACAUUCUAAAGACCAAAUAUCCCCUUCAGAAAUACCAAACGGUGAUCAGCCGGAGGAACCAACUCCUUGUGAGGAUCAGCAAACUGGAGGGAAAAAAACUCCCAUUGGAUAUACCACUGAGGAGGGGGGUGAUCGUCGUCCGAUCGGUUCAUUUUCUUCUCUCCCCGGGUGA